AUGUCGACCUUUGACGAUGACGAUAUGGACUUCGGGGGUGAUGAUGAUGGGGACGAUUUCUUGACGGGCAAGCUUGCAGCGUUGGGCAUCGACGAAGACCUAGAGCUUUCGGGGGGCGAAGAAGAAGAUGACAACCGUGCUCCCGCCACAGACCCCGCCGCCGAUUCAUCCAACAAGCCCCCCGGCAUCGUGGCACCAUCGCCACAGCAGGCUUCCGCUUCCACAGCAGUAGCAGCAGUUCCCGCUGCAAGUCGUUCGACGGCUCCCGCGCCCGCUGACGAUUGGGGAGCACCACCAAGUGAGGGCUGCUCCCCCGGUGACGCGGGCAUCUGGGGAGAAGUAGACUCGUGGGGGGAGACCCGAAUAGCAACACCAACCGUCGAAGCACCACCCGCUGCGGGAGGAGGACGGGGAACAGCCGUGGAAGAUGGGGAGCUCGUGCAGAUGAUCGACCAGCCCUUGCGGACCUCUCGCGGCAGGGAGCAAAGGUCUGCCCGGGACAGCGGUAGAGGCGGGGGGCGAAGAGGCGGGGGUGGCGGCGGCAGGGGCAAGCGGGGGCGGCCGAAGAAGGACGGCAAGGCGCGAGGGCGGAACGUGACGAUCAAGGAGUGCGCCGAGUGGGUGUGCGAGCGCCUCGGCGAGCCCAAGUACUACCUCAUGUGUCAAGUGGUGUCCACCAUCGGUUACAACAAGACCAGGGACUUGCUGGAGGCUGUGCAAGAGACCCAGGAGACGGGGGGUAUGCCGACCGCGGACGGGAGUCGGAAGCGCACCGCGGGAGGCGUUUUCUUCACCCUCCUCAAGAAACACAUGGAACCGUCCCGGCUCAAGGAGCUGUACGCGGACGAGCUGCGCGUCAAAAAGGAGAAGGACAGGGCGCGCAGAGCGGCCAACAAGCGCAAGGCCGAGGCGGCCUUGGCAGGGGAGGACGUCAUGACGCCUAGAAAUCCCCCGAGGAACAGAGGGCGCGGCGGCGGUGGCGGCGGUGGUGCCACGAGGGCGGGGAGAGAUAUGGGGAAAUGGGCCGGCCCUACCGCCGGAGCGGGCGGUAGGGAUGGUUGCGGUGAUGCUGUUGCGGCGAAGCGCGCACGAGCGGGCAUCAGCAGCCUCUCCAAAGAAUGAGACAGCGGGGAUGCUGCCUGCAAGGCGUUUUUUUCUCAGCAUAAACUGC